UUCCGAGUCUCGUUCUCAGUGGCUCGCAGCACGUCGCGCGCCCCCGCCCCCCAACCGAAUACGAGAGUGCGCGCGAGAAAUGCAGCGCGAGACACACACCGAACAGCCCCGAUAAACCCCGCCGAAUCCACGCGCACGGGAAAAAAGACAUUGGAAAAAAAACAGCAGACGUUCGAGAAAGGAGUGACAAGAAAGUCCACCGCCGACGGUCAGAGGUAAAAUGGGAGGGAAGCUGAGCAAAAAGAAGAAGGGAUACAAUGUGAACGACGAGAAAGCAAAGGAGAAGGACGCAAAGACGGAGGGAGCGUCGGCGGACGAGAGCGAAGCUCCCAAGGAGAACAAGGAGGAUGCUCCUGCUGCCACCGAGACGACCAAUGACACGGCGGCAGCCGCCAAAGAAGCCGCACCUGCUGCCGAAAGCAAUUCCACCGCAGCCAAGGAGGAGGAGAAAAGCGCCGCCCCUCCAAAGAAGGAGGAGCCAGCGGCAAACGCUAACGCUCCUAAAGCCUCUGACGGUAAGACCAGCGAGACUGCUAAAGCAGAACCCGCCAAAAGUCCAGAUGCCCCUCCUGCCAAAGCGGAAGAAAAAUCCACCCCUUCUGCAGCUCCGGCAAGUGAGAAAGAGGCUGCAAAAGAGCCCGCCCCUGCCGCUAAAGAUCCCGCCCCUCCUGUAGCCACAAUGACGGAGAGCAAGCCCGACACUGAGUCUAAAAAGACUGAGGCUCCGCCCGCAAAGGAAUCUGCCCCCGCAGAGCCAGUCGCCACGGAGACCAGCCCCGCCCCCAACAAGGAGCAAGCAGUCGCUGUGCAGGAUUAACAGAUGGAGCAUUGAACGACAAGAUUAAUGACAAAUGAAAAACGAAAUCAAAUCUAAAUAAUAAAACUAGCCCCGCCCAUUUUAAAUUAUAUCAGUAAUUAUAAAAUGAAUAAUGAUAAUAGUAACAAUAACAGUAAUGAUUUUAACAGGCUGGACUUUGAUCAUUGUGUUGGCGAUGGACAUGAUCAUGGUGAAUAAGACUGGCAGUUAUGAUGAUAUUAUCUUUAAUAUCCAAUUGAACUUUGAUACAAACCACCAGCCCCCCAACUUCUUCUCUCUUUCUCUUUCUUUCUACCUCCAUUCAAUGAGGGGUGAAAAAAAAAACAUGGAAUAUAUUCAUUGCCACCCUCCAAUUCUCACUUCCCUCCAUUUGAGUGUGAUGUUAUGGCAGUGGGAGGGGUUAUUAUAUGUGUGUGAGUGUGUGUGUGUGUGUGUGUGUGUGUGUGUGCGCGUGAGUGGUAGUAGUAGUAGUCCAGCCUCCCUGAUGCAUACUUCAUAUUUCCUGUUUGCUGCUUUCUAGUUAGUGAUUGGCAUUGUGUCUUUGCUUAUCCCCUGACUUUCCUACUUUCUUUGUUUCUCUCUCUCUUUUUCUCACAUAUCAGUGAAAACAAAAUCAGUGUACAGCACAAUGCAUCAAACACACACAUACACACACGCACGUUAUUGAAUGUUAGCAGUAUUAAUGGUUUUUAAAGGAACAGUUCACCCAAAAAUGCCAAUUUGGCCAUGUCUUUAUAAACCUGUACGAUUUUUUUGUCACCCGCAGAAUGUGAAAGGAGAAAUAUAGCUGAAAAGAGCUGCUCUUUUCUAUGCAUAAGUGAAUGGGGACUACAUCUGUCAAGGCAGAUUUUCAAUGCAAGAUUAUGAGUAAAGAAUUAUUUAAAUUUCAAAGACUUGGAAUAUAGUGCAUGGACUACUUUUGUGAUGCUUUUAUGGUGCUAUUUUGUCCUUUUUGGAGCUCCACAGUCUUUGGACCCCGUCCACUUUUACUGUAUAGAAAAGAGCAGCAUGAACAUUCUUCAAAAUGGUUACUUUUGGGUUACACAGAUGAAAGAAAGUCAUACAGGUUUGGAAUAACACAAGGAUGAGUAAAUGAUGUUAUGUUAUAUAUUUUAAGGUGAACUAUUCCUUUAUUUGGUUGUUUGAAGGUUCAAUUCAAGUGUGUACGUGUGUGUGGAAGGAUCCAGGGUUUUAUGUGAGUGUACAUAUGGAGUUUUGCAUGGUAUGGGCAUGCAUUUUCUGCAUGUGUGUGUGUGUGUGUGUGCGCGUGCGUUAAUUGAGUUCUGGUCUUUCUGUACUUUGAAAGCAGCAGUUGUCAUGAUGUCAGAGAGACAGAGAGAGAGACAGACCUCCAAACUCACCAAACAGGACACACUUCACACACAGAUCUCUCAAUAUACUGACAGAACAAUGUGAGCGUUGUGUGUUUCUAUAUGUGUGAGGCUGUGUGUGUGUGUUUUGCAUGUCAGUGGUUGGCCCUAUUGUGUAUUUUUGGUUGCUGUGGAGAUAAUGUUGCUACAGGUGAUAUUUCAUUUGAAUUAGCACACACUCUCUCUCUCUCUUUCUCUCUGUUCCUUUCUCUAUCAUUCCUUUUCUUUCCAAAAUUCCCUGGUUAAAUAAAAAAAAAAUUCAAAUAAAAUGGAAGAACUGAGAUAUAUGUACUUGUAUACAUGGAGCAACAUUAAUAAAAUGAAAGAAACAGAUUGAAAAUCA